GGAGCGCUCGAGGGGACGUACGGGGCGGCCCGGCUCGAGCAGCGGCGCGCGGUGCGCGCCAUGGGCUGCGGACCUUCCCAGGCCGCUGCUGAACAGAGACGUGUGCCCGCGCCUCAGAAGGGCUGGGAAGAGGGAUUCAAGGCUGAUGUCGGUGUGGCUCAUUCCUGGGAGAAUUUCGGACCCCAGAUUGAAGCUAUGCUGCCCAAGGAUAAUGUGGGCAGCCCUGGAAGCCUGGACAAGCAGGCCCAGUUGGGAAGCUUACCUGGAACCAUUCCAGAAAGUUCCCCAUUUCCUAGUGAAAGAAACGGAAGAAUAAAUUCAGACCUAGUGAUCAAUGGAUUAAUCCAUAAACCCCAACCCUUAGAGAAUCGAGAGCAACAAAAGUCAUCAGACAUCCUGGAGGAGUUAAUUGUUCAAGGAAUAAUACAUAGCCACAGCAGAGUAUUUAGAAAUGGAGAAUCAUAUGAUGUCACGGUAAGCACGACUGAGAAGCUGCUGAGAAAGCCACCAGCCAGGCUGAAAAAACUUAAAAUCAAAAAGGAAGUAAAAGAUUUCACGAUGAAGGACAUAGAAGAGAAGAUGCAAGCAGUGGAGGAGCGCAGGAAGACUAAAGAAGAAGAAAUAAGAAAAAUGCUGUGGAGUGACCGACCUCUGCCCCCAGCCCAUCGUUCAGAUCCAGCUGAAGCGGGUGGGAAGGAGGCUCCGUUUGCCAAAGGACUUAAAACUGUGAGUUGUGCCGCAUUUGAACCCUCUGACCUGUUGGAAGGAAAGCUGUUGAAAAGGAAGAAGAGUAAACGUGAUACAACCUCAAAUGAUAGAAACUACAGGUACGAAGGUAUUGGGGUCGUGGAGUCAGACAUGUCUUACAACCAAGCAGAUGACGUAUUCUAAUGAGCCAUUUUAUGUGAAUUUCGUGAAAAGGCAUCCUUUCCCCCAGGUGUGACUUUCUUAGUACGUCUCAUGGUUUCUUUGACUGUCUGACCCCUCACCCACUGGGAUGUGCCUUGGGUUUAGGAAUGAUCGUGCGAGCUGCCUGGGCUGGAGCUUAGCUGAGUAAACUAAAUGACUAUGUUAGCUUAAAAAAAAGAAGAGGAAGAUUUGACUAGCUUUGUUUUUAUAAAGUUGUCAUUCUCCUUCAGUGUGGCUUCAAACAUGGUGAAAAUGUCUUUCAUUUAUGAGCACCUUUCAGCUUCCAUUAAUGUAUUCGUGCCAAAUGAAAUCCUUC